UAUUAAUCCUUUUGGGCCUUGUGGAAGAAAGAAAGCAAGAAAAAUGAAAUCCCUUUUGGGUCUCUUCUGCUGUGGUUGUUUAGUCGUUCUGUCACAAAAGAAUGGCGUGGUGGUUGAUGCAUCAAAGGAGUUUAAAGUGGGUGAUGACUUGGGUUGGCUGGAGCCUCCUCCCAACAACACUGCAAUGUAUAUUCAAUGGGCUGCAAAGAACAGAUUUCUAGUUGGAGAUUCGCUGUCUUUUGAGUACCAAAAUGACUCGGUUCUGGUGGUGGAGAAAUUUGUUUACUACCACUGCAACACAAGCAACCCUUUCUCCUCCUUUGACAAUGGUAAAACAGUGUUCAAGCUUGACACGCCUGGACCCUGCUAUUUUAUCUGUGGAGCACCAAACCACUGCAAGAAUGGACCGAGGCUGCUUGUUGUGAUGGGUCCACACCCAUCAGGCCAAGCACCAGCACCACAACCGAGCUCUGGACCAUCAGUCUCACUAGCAUCAACUUCAGUUUCUAUGGCUAUUAUUCUCACAUUUGUAACGUUGGCUCGGAUGGCCUCAUAG